GCUAAGGGUCUGUUUGGUGAUUGAAAUUGAAGGAAAAGAAACAGCGAGAAAAUGGUAGCCAGAGAAAUUGAAGAACUAAGCGAAGAAGAAAGGAGGGCACUUAGGGGAAGCAAAUUUGCUCCGCUCCCUUGCCUUCCUACUCCUUCUCGUUCUCAACCCAGAUUGGCUCAUCCAGGAGGACCUUUAACGACUAACAAAGCUGCUGCUUUGGCUAAAUUCCUCGAAAGGAAACUCCAAGAUCCCAAUGGCUUGUCUUCGAUCAAUCCUGACCUUCUUGAAUUGGCUGUCAAUAAUGCUAAAGCUACCGUCUUUCAAAGUGGGGCUUCAAAUUUGGGAAGCAUGGUUCGACAUGUAGAUUCCUUUGGUGACUCUGAGGAUUCUUUGGAGGAAGCUAACUUGGAAAAUCCUGAACCGAAAAAAGGUAAGAAGAAGAAGAAAAACAAGAAUAAAAAGGAGAAGAACAAGAACAAGAACAAAAAAAAGAAGGUGGUGGAGGAUCAUGAAUGUAAAUUGAAAAGGCCUAAAAAGAAGGUUAAACUAUGAUCAGGAUUAAUGCUUAUGAUAGGUGCUUUUGCAAAAAAAAAAAUAAAAUUAUU